GGGAAAACUAGUACAUAACAAUUUACUAUGGAUUAUUCUAAAUUGGAAUUAUUGUUUGAACGACAAAUGAAAUUAAUGGAAAUGUUCGUCAACCAACAGACUGGUCCAGCUCCACCUUCAAGCAAUCCCAAUCAUACCAUGCUACCAUCUGUCGACGGAAUUGUGAACAGCAUUUCACAGUUCAAUUAUGACCCAGAGGCUAAUGUCACUUUUGACACAUGGUAUCAACGUUAUGAGGAUUUAUUCACUGUUGAUCUCGCCUCACAAGACGAUGCCUGGAAGGUGCGAGUUUUGCUACGUAAAUUGGGUCCGGCAGAAUAUGAACGGUACUGCAACCUAAUUUUACCACAGAAACCACGUGACAAUUGUUUCGAUGAUACAAUAAAGUUGCUGCGUGAACAUUUCGGAGACCACUCCUCAUUAUUCAGUAUACGUUAUCGUUGCCUCAAGCUGGCAAUGAAUGAAAAUGAUGAUUUUCUUACUCACGUUGGCACAGUCAACCGAGAAUGUGAGAGAUUUCGACUCAGGUCCUUAACAGAUGAUCAAUUCAAAGCCUUGAUUCUCAUAUGCAGUCUCCAAUCUCCUCGUUUCACAGAUAUCCGAACUCGACUGCUCAAUCAGCUAGAACAAAAUCCCAAGUUAACAUUACAUGACAUAGCUGAUGAAUAUCAACGGCUGAUUAAUCUGCAGAAAGACACACACCUGGUCGAAUCAACACCUCCGAGAAGCUCUGAUAUUCGUGCAUUACGAAAGAGCAAAAAUCUCUCAUCAUCUACUCCUGACCCACCUACUUCUUCUAAUGUUCCGCGGAAAUCUACAGAUACUCGUCCAACUUCACAAAAUACGACAAAGAAGACCCCUCCAUCACCAUGCUGGCAUUGUGGCGCGUGGCACUUUGUAAAGUCUUGUCCAUACAAAAAUCAUCGUUGCAGCAAGUGCAAGAUCAUCGGUCACAAAAAUGGUUUUUGUCAGCCACGCAAACCCAGAUGUCAAAAUCCAGCAAAAGCUCAACAAAAUGUUGGUCCUAAAUCCCCCAAAAAGUCAUUGAGUCUACGCGCAACCCGUCAAGUCACAACACCAGCUAUGCGGAAAUAUCUUG